CACAAUCUGAUGAGACUGUUGGCACUUCAUCACAGUCCGAUGAGAUGCAUUUCAAAAAUGAGGACGGUAUCUUUAUUUCGGAGGUUGAUAUAAUUACGCCAUCACAGAAAUUGUUAGCAAGGAGGUUGACGUGUAAUAUAGUACCAGGGAAAAGCCUUCUUCUUACUGGUCCAAAUGGUAGUGGGAAAAGUUCGGUGUUCAGGGCUCUUCGUGGUCUUUGGCCUAUUGUCAGUGGACACAUUCAUAAACCUUCCCACAAUGUUAAUGAUGUUGGUGAAUUCAAUUGUGGUAUAUUAUACAUUCUCCAGAAACCGUAUACUUGUUUGGGAACAUUAAGAGAUCAAAUUAUCUAUCCUCUCUCACAUGACCAAGCAGAAAAGAGGGCGUUAAGUUUGAAUCGAGAAGGGCAAAACGAUGGUGUUGACGCAAAUAUUCUGGAUGUGCAUCUCAGAACGAUCCUAGAGAAUGUGAAAUUAUCUUACCUUUUUGAAAGGGAAGGAAGCUGGGAGGCUAGUCAAAACUGGGAAGACAUCCUUUCUCUUGGGGAACAACAGAGAUUAGGCAUGGCCCGGUUAUUCUUUCACAAGCCUUGGUUUGGUGUCCUUGAUGAAUGCACCAAUGCUACAAGUGUGGAUGUUGAAGAGCACCUUUAUAGGCUUGCACGUGAUCUAGGCAUUACGGUUUUUACAUCAUCACAGCGUCCUGCUUUAAUACCAUUCCACUCUAUGGAAUUGCGAUUGAUCGAUGGAGAAGGAAAGUGGGAGCUUCGGUCCAUCAAGCAUUGAGUUAAGAGCCUCUCAUUUGAAGGUGACAUCAUAACUACUUGUCAGGCAAUUAUCUAUUCAGUCUUUUGGCAAAAGUUUAAUGAAAUAAGUAAGACCAGAUAUAGGGUAUACAACUAUAUAGCUGAUUGUUUCAUGUAUUAUACGAAACAUGUAUAUUUGUUUUGCUGUAAAACAGUUUCUAUCUAGUCGAUUUGAUUAAACUGUA